ACUGAUCAGCAGCCGCUCGCCGCUCAGGCGAAUACUCAUCCGGCAGCAACUGAGAGAGGAACCUUUGAGGAAGAACAGCGAGGAGAAAAAUGGGAAAGAGAGAAAUUGGUGGAAUCAGCCAUGAAAGGCAACGAUGCGUCCCACGAUGCUGCGCACGCCUUUAGAGUGCGGGACCUCGCUAUUUCCCUUGCCCGUGAAGAGGGUCUUUCUACUUCUCCCGAUUCCAUGCUCAUUGUGGAGUUAGCUGCCCUUCUACAUGACAUAGGGGACUAUAAAUAUAUGAGAGAUCCAUCGGAAGGGAAGAUUGUUGAGGACUUUCUUGUAAAGCAAGGAGUAGAUGACGAUAUCAAGACGAGGAUAUUAAACAUCAUAAAGGGAAUGGGUUUCAAAGAGGAAGUUGGGGGGCUUAAGCCGGGUACACAUUAUCCAGAAUUUGGAGUGGUGCAAGAUGCUGAUCGUCUUGAUGCAAUUGGUGCUAUAGGAAUUGCUCGUUGCUUUACCUUCGGCGGAAGCAGGAACAGGGUGCUCCAUGAUCCCAACAUUAAACCUCGAUCAGAUUUGUCCAAGGAAAACUACAUGAAUAAAGAUGAGCAGACAACCGUGAAUCAUUUCCAUGAGAAGCUUCUCAAGUUGAAGAAAUUAAUGAAAUCCAAGGCUGGUCAGAGAAGGGCGGAAAGAAGGCAUAAAUUCAUGGAGGAGUUCCUGGAAGAGUUCUAUGAAGAAUGGGACGGGAGGGCUUGAAGAAGGUACUUCCCUUUUCCCCCUCUUCCAAUGUCAGCAUUUCAUUCUAGCGAAAAUGCAGAAAGUAACGAGAUACGCAUCAUCAACCCUGAAAAUGGAAUAUCAAACUUGAAACUUUAUGGAAGAAUUGGUGCUUGUAAACUAGAUAUGUUUGUUGUAAUCUAAUUCGAACCAAAUGACUGAGUUGCUUGUCUACUUAUAUUUCUCAACUAUUAAGUUGCAAUAAUAGCGGUGAAAAGAAACAUACUAGUAGCA